CCGGCCUGUGCGUUCCACUUUGCUUCCGGUCUGUGCGUUCCACCUUACUUCCAGACUGUGCGUUCCACACACAGGAAAAGCGUUAUUACCGACUUGUAGUCUUCGAUUGUCGUCGAAGUCAGGUUAUAAGAUAUGACUGAUCUUAAGGUAGAAGAUGUAGAGGGAGAAGAAGAAGAAACGAAUGUGACUGAUAUUAAGAUAGAAGAUAUAGAAGGAAAGGAAGAGCCAUGUAUAAUUGGCAUUAAGGUGGAAGAUGCAGAGGAAGAAGAGACGUAUGUGAGGGGUGAUCAGCAGUGGAAGGAGGAGGAAAUCCCUACAGCCAUCAGCACAGAUGGAGCCAGUAACAGGAAUACCCCAGAGAGAUGUCCCCGUCCUCUGUAUUCCCAGGAUCAUUCAGAGGAGAAUCACUGGAUCCCACAGGAGCAUCAGGGUGAAGACGUGACUGAUAUGAAGGCAGAAGAUACAGAGGGAGAAGAGACGUAUGUGACUGAUAUAAAGGCAGAAUAUAUAGAUGGUGAAGAAGAGGCAUGUGUGACUGAUUAUAAGAUAGAAUAUAUAGAUGUAAAAGAAGAGAUGUACGUGAGGAGUGAUCAGCAAUGUAAGGAGGAGGAAAUCCCUACAGAUAUCAGCACAGAUGGAUGUAGCAGCAGGAAUAACAACAUCACACAAGGUUCCCCAGAAGAAAACUCUCUUCCCCAAGAUAUACAUCCAGAACUUUACAGUUCCACUACAUCACCUUAUGCUUCUAAUAAUAAUAAUGGCACUAUUUGUCCUGAUACCUCAGAUAUUGCUACACAAAGGACAGCUCAUAUGGGUGAUAAAUUAUAUCCAUGCUUUGAGUGUGGGAAAUGUUUUACACAGAAAUCACAACUUGUUAGGCAUCAAAGAUGUCACACAGGUGAGAGGCCAUUUCCAUGUUCUGAGUGUGGGAAAUGUUUUAAACAGAAAUCUGCUCUUGUUAGACAUCAGAGAAGUCACACAGGUGAAAGGCCAUUUCAGUGCUCUGAGUGUGGGAAAUGUUAUACAUGGAAAAUAGAUCUUGUUAGACAUAUGAGUAGUCACACAGGUGAGAAACCAUUUCCAUGUUCUGAAUGUGGGAAAUGUUUUAUAAAGAAAACAGAUAUGGUUAGACAUGAGAGAAGUCACACAGGUGAGAAACCAUUUCCAUGUACUGAAUGUGGGAAAUGUUUUAUAAAGAAAUCUGAUCUUUUUAUACAUGAGAGAAGCCACACAGGGGAGAAGGUAUUUUCAUGUUCUGAGUGUGGGAAAUGUUUUACACAGAAAUCAGUUCUUGUAACACAUCAGAGAAGUCACACAGGUGAGAAACCAUUUUCAUGUUCUGAGUGUGGGAAAUGUUUUACACAGAAAUCGGCUCUUGUUGAACAUGAGAGAAUUCACACGGGAGAGAAGCCAUUUCCAUGUUCCGAGUGUGGGAAAUGUUUUACACAGAAAUCAGCUCUUGUUACACAUCAGAAAACUCACACAGAUGAGAGGCCAUUUCCAUGUUCUGAGUGUGGGAAAUGUUUUAAACACAAAUUACAUCUUGUUACACAUCAGAGAAUUCACACAGGUGAGAAGCCAUUUCCAUGUACUGAGUGUGGGAAAUGUUUUACACAGAAAUCAGAACUUGUUGAACAUCAGAAAACUCACACAGGCGAGACACCCUUUCUAUGCUCUGAGUGUGGGAAAUGUUUUACAAAAAAAUCAAAUCUUGUCCGACAUCAGAGAACUCACACAGGUGAGAAACCAUUUCCAUGUUCUAAGUGCGGAAAAUGUUUUUCACAGAAAACAGAACUUAUUACACAUCAGAGGACUCACAGGUGAGAAGCUGUUUCCAUGUUCCGAGUGUGUACAUUUUUUUACAUGUAAAUCACAUCUUGUUACUCAUGAUAGAAGUCACACGGGUGAGAGGCCAUUUCCAUGUUCUAAGUGUUGGAUUUUUAUUUUCUGGGUGGGGUGGGGGCAAACUACACACGUUAUUUGCCACUAGAGUCCUCAAACAGGUGAGAAAUAUUUUCAUGCUCCUGAGUGUGGGAAAUGUUUUAUAGAAAAAUCAGAUCUUGGUAAACAUCCGAGAAAUCGUACAGGUAAAAACAAAUGAACAAGAUAAAUAUCAGAAAAAGUAUUGUAUAGCCUUGAUCGAUUUUUGCUGGAACUGGAGUUUUGUUUAGGAAGAUGCACCUACUCUGUGACUGUUUCUACUUACCUGAUUUUUGGUUUCAUUGGAAUUAUCUGGUUCUGAACUUCUGUAACCCAUGCUGAUUAUAACACACGUAGCGAUGUGUGCUUAAAUUCUAAGCAAUCUGACUAGAUUGCUUAGAAGUUAAGCACGGAUCUCUCCAUGGGGUAAAUUUACUAAGAUGGAAGUUCUGUUUAAGAUGGGAUGUUG